CUCACAUUGAUCUCCAAAUGAAACCGACAGCGCGAUGCUGUACAUGUAGACCAGUGCGCAUGCGCGCCGCAGCCUGUACAUUCCCAGGGAGAAUUUCCCAGCAUGAGCUCAUCCUUCUUUUCAAGCACUAUCCCUGGGAGACGGUGAUCAAAGCGGCGAUGAGAAAGUACCCCAAUCCCAUGAACCCCAGUGUGGUAGGAGUGGACGUCCUGGACAGGAACCUGGAUAAACAUGGCCGUCUCCACAGCCAUCGGCUGCUGAGCACUGAGUGGGGCCUGCCGAGCGUGGUGCGAGCGAUACUGGGGACAAGUCGAACCACUACUUAUAUUAAAGAACAUUCCGUUGUCGACCCUGAAGAGAAAAAAAUGGAGCUUUGCUCAACAAAUAUAACCCUCACAAAUUUAGUAUCUGUUGAUGAGAGAUUAGUUUACAGACCACAUCCUGAAAACCCAGACAUCACGGUCUUAACCCAAGAGGCAAUAAUCACAGUGAAAGGAGUCAGUUUGAGCAGCUACCUUGAGGGACUGAUGGCUCUUAGUAUGACUGCUAAUGCAAGAAAGCCCAGUUUGGUGGAGUGUCUUCAGUAUGGUUGGCUAGUGACCAGCUUCUCCCAUCUGAGCUGUGGAUCUCUCCAGCUCCUUCAGAGCUACCCUUGGCCUCUUGGUUGCUUCUCUGAUUAAUGCCCAUCUUACCUGAUAACCUUUGCUGGACGGUCUUCUCUAGGUGGAGCUGUGUUGUGCCACAUUCUUUCCAUUUUGUAAUAAAUGAUUUAAUGGGGCUCUGCGAGGUGUUUAGGAUAUUUUUUUUUAUAACCAAAUCCUGAUUGAUACUUUAUUAUUAUUAUUAUUAUUAUUUUUUUAGAACUUUCUGAAACAUGUUUUGACUUCAUGAUGCUGUUUGUUUUAUGUUGCCUAACAAACUCUGGGGUCUUCCAGGAACAGGUGUAUUUGCAGAUAUAUUGAGAUCAUGUUGCACUUUAACUGCAGACAGGUGAAGUCCAUUCAACCAAUUAAGUGUCUUCUGGUGGCAAGUGAUUGUACCAGAACUAGCCUAAUUUAGAGAUUUCACAACAGGGGUGAAUACCUAUGCAAUCACAUAACAUUUUUUAUUAUUCGAAAAUAAUUUUGCAAGCUGAAUACAUUUUUCCCCAAACUUCAAUAUUAUGGACUAUUUCGUGUAGAUUCAUGAAUCCUAAUCCUUAUGCAGGCCACUGUAUCUGGUGCAGCUUUCUAAGUCAAUUUCUGACUUGCUACAUUCGCUGGAAUACCCUCUUCAGUACGUCACAUCACAUGAUGACAUGGGUUUAUAAAGGGGCGCCUCCAACCUAGUUCUCGUUUGCCUGGAUUACACAAUCAGCAAAUUGAAGCAAUCGAGGCAUUUACGCUGUAAACAAUGUGGUAUUUCUUUGGAGCACACGAGGCAAACAUUACAGCGUAAAGCUGGAUAUUAUGUGCUUUAUUAUUUAAGAAUAAUCCUAUUUUCUACAUUAAGUCUUCCAGAGGGUUUAUUCAGUAUUUAUUCUGUUCACUAGGCCACUAUUAAUAACCCAAGACAAAGUAGACAAACCCUUUCAGUUAUAUUAUCAGGCAGACCAAAAUAACUUUCCACACGGGUGUAAUAUGAUUGAAGACACAUCUGCUUUUGCUCUGCAGGUUUACAUUAAGUGCACUGAACAAGGCUAAGUGCUGGAUGUGAAAACAUCACGUUUUCAUUACCGAGCGCUUCUUUUCGAGCGAUGAUAAAAUAGCUUACUUAGAAAUGCAGAAACUUGUCUUUUAAAAAUGUAAAAUUAUCUUUAAGUUUAAAAUAAAGAUGUAUUUGGUGUGUAUAUAUAUAUAUAUAUAUACACAACCUGUAUUUUAUAUAUACAAUGACAAAACAACGCUAAAGUGUUGGUCAAGCACUCAGCAAUUUUCUGUGCAUUUCCAGAAUCGCACAGUUCUGGAUUACCAGAUCCAAAAUUUCAAAAAUGUAAACUAAAAUGUUUAGCCCACGUAUACUCAUUUGCCCAGAUUAUAAGUUUGAAAUCACAGAUUUUCCAAGUCAGUCUUAUUUUAAAUUUUUGUAUGAUUAUUCUGCUGGGGGGGAAAAAAUUCUUGAAUCAGAAAGCCUAAACAUGACACAAGCAGGAAGUGAAACUGCUUGCAAUGAACGAGUAUAGUUCAAAGAUGGUGAUCAUCAGCAAUCACAAAAACAAGCAUGCUGACCAAAAAAAAAAAAAAAAGGGGUUUUACUUUAGAAUGCAAGUGGAAAUAGUCAGGCUCACGUAUUGUUUCUGCUGAAGUUCAAAUGAAAAGUAAAAUAGUAUUGUGCAUUUCCAAAAUCUCACAGUUCUAUAGUUCCUCAAUGACAAACUAUGAAACAUGGAUAUUGAAACUGCUGAGCUCAUAUGAACUAACGUGCCUUGGUUGGAGAAAGUGUAACCCUCGUGAUAAAGCCGCUGAUCCUAACCGUAUAAUCCUGAAUUACUGAUUACAGACAUCAUGUCUUGACCUGUGAUUAAAUUACUAUCAUUUCACAAAUUCACAGUGAUAAGAGAUCAGAACGAUUAUUGCACUGAUGCAUUAUAAUAAGAGUCUUCAGGAUCUCGAUCAGACAUUCCAAGAUAUUCAUUGUUUAAUUUUAAUAUUAAAUAUGGGGUUAACUGUAUGGCAUGAAGGAAUGUAGUUUAAUGUUUAAUCCAGUGACACUGUCUGUUGUGUCUUUGUUCUCUGUAGGGAUGGGAUGCAAUUGAGUGGAUCAUUAAGAACUCAGAACGGGAGAACGUACCGUUAUGUGACAUGUGCUGAACAGCAAUAACCUCUACCAUCUCAGUAAUAAAACGGUAA